AUGUCUACAAAGCCUUUCAGCAUCGCAUAUUUAAUCGGUGAUACCGUAACCGAUAAUAAUAAUAGCAAACUCGAUACUGAACUUCAUGAUAAUUGCUCGGAUAAAACUCGAAUAUCGGAUACUCUGAAAUUAUUUCCUAUAGUAUCGAAAACUACGCUCAAUUGUGGUACCAACAACAACAAUAAAUUUAAUGAUACUGAAAAUAAUUCCAAUUAUUACAUGAUUACGAAGAAAGCACCUGUUAUAUUAAAAGAUUAUCAUCCGGCACUCCGUAAUGUAUCCAUGCGUUUGGAAGGUUCCACAUUAUGGAAUAAAUUCCAUGCAUACGGUACCGAAAUGAUUGUUACAAAAACUGGAAGACGUAUGUUUCCAACAUUGCAAUUGGCAAUAUCUGGCCUGGAACCAUCUGUACGUUACUCAUUAAUGGUCGAUUUGACGUGUAUCGAUAACAAAAGGUACCGUUACGCAUUUCAUCAAUCAAAAUGGAUCGUUGCUGGACCAGGAGAAGCGGAAUUACCAUGUCGAGUUCAUGUGCACAGUGAAUCACCUGCUCCUGGUGAACAUUGGAUGCGUCAAACAGUAUCCUUCGAUAAAAUUAAAUUAACCAACAACCAGUUAGAUCAGAACGGACAUAUAAUAGUAAAUUCGAUGCAUCGUUAUCAACCAAAUGUACAUGUGGUAGUACACGCUGAUGGAAAUGGACGUCAAUGUCGAACAUUUUCAUUUCCCAAUACAUCAUUCAUGGCUGUUACUGCUUAUCAAAAUCAUCGGAUAACAGAGCUAAAAAUCGAGAGUAAUCCAUUUGCCAAAGGAUUCCGCGAAUGCGAAAUGAACGAAUCAUUUCCGUUCCUCAUCAAUCCAUUAUUCCCAUUCUAUACAACACUACUUGCUUCACAUUUCCGUGCUACCAAUCCAUUCAACAAAUAA